GUAUAGUUUUCGUCCACUCUUUGAGCUCAGUGUGUCACUGUACAAUACGCGAAAUGCUUCUCUCUGCAAGCACCACUUCUUUGCCCUCUCACUCCUUCUGCAACCACCUUCUCUGCUCCAAUUCUCUCACCACCAACCUCCUUCUCCUCUCAACCAGCACUUCCCGGCCCCACGUUUUCGCUCACCCUCGACCUCGACCUCUCUUCCUCCCCAACGCCUCCGCGUUCCCUUCGCCGCCUCCUCCCUCCGACACCUGCUUCCUCCAAGCUCUAAACCCUAACCGUGAUCCUAAUUCUGAUACGCUUCGCCAUGUUGUUCACACAACACGCCCUGAUGAUGAUGAUGAUUGCGGUGGUUCUGAACAGACUAUGGUGGCUUCCGCCUCCGCUCUCGCCUCCGCUAUUCGUAAAUCUUCUACUUCCUCUGUCGAGUUCAUCCAGCGGAUUGAGAAGGACCCGAAAAGCGGAAUGGUACUCCCUAGUCCUGAUUUUCAGAGACUUUGUGUUGAACAACUUGACCUCUUUCGUAGGAUAUUUCCCGACGCUCUGCUCUCGGUCUAUGUAAGACCAGCUGGUAGCUAUGUGAUGGAUCGUCUGGAGUUGCGGAGGGUUUCUCUCCGCCCUCGAGAUGCAGAUGACAUUGUUAUUUUAGUUGGUCAUUUUAACAUUCCAACAGGCUUACGUUCUGCCGAAGCUGCGCUUUCAGAUUUGCAAGUUGAAGUUAUCCCUGAAAGUAAGGCUGUAAUAUUCCCAAUGGUCAAACACCCAUUUGUUGUUGGUUUCUUGGUUGCCGAGCUUCCACUAAUGGAUAUUGGAACAUUUGAGCAAGCUCAUAGAGAUGAGCGAGAUAUAGGCCUCUCUGUUGAGAAAACUCAUUCGUUGCCUACUGUUUUGGAUGGAAAACGUUGGCAAAUUCAAACUUUUCAGGUCAAGGAUAACCCUAUCAUAAGGGGAUUUUUCACUGACGAGCAAUUAUCAAAUGCUGUCAACAUUUCACGUUCUCUAGCUCUGGCACAUGUUAUGGAUCAGAAAGCAAUGUUACUUCAGCAGUCAACAUGGCAAAAUAAUGUCCGGAUGAGUAAUCUAGUCGAGCAAAUCCGGGGUCCUCUUUCCAGUAUUCAAACUUUAAGCAAAAUCCUGUCCUCUCAAACAAAGAGAAGUGAGGUCGCACAUGACAUUGUUGAAGACAUCCUUUUGCAAGGUGAUCGUCUGAGAGAUGUCCUUGGACAACUCCAGGAUGCUGUUCAUAUGACCAAGGCAAACAUACUGCGCUACAAUCAAGAAGCAAUCAAGAAAAUGAAUGGUUCAACUAAUAUACUUGCUGAGUCUCUAAAACCUGAGUGUGAUGACUUUCCAAGGGAUGAUUCUGGAAGAAAAAUGCAUAAAUCUAGCGAGUCACAUUCUCUAAGUGCUGCUGUCAAGGAUAUAGAGAUGCCCUUGCCGCCUUUUGCUCUUGCUCCAUUGCAACAUGGAAUUAGACCGUGCAAUGUUUCUGAAGUAUUAGCUGACUUGGUUGAUGCUGCAAGACCUCUUGCCCGGAAUCAAAAACGCAUGAUAGAACUAAAUGAACUCUCAUCACCUUUGCUAGCUGCUGUAGAAGGACCUGCUUUGCGUCAGGCUUUUAGCAAUCUCAUUGAAGGUGCUUUACUACGUACACAUGUUGGUGGUAAGGUUGAAAUUAUGUGUACUGAUGCACCAGCAGGCGGUACCCUUGUAAUCAUUGAUGAUGAUGGUCCUGACAUGCAAUAUAUGACCCAGAUGCAUUCAUUAACAUCAUACGGACCUGAACUCUUGUCUGAAGACAUGGUUGAGGACAACAUGACAUGGAAUUUUGUCGCAGGUCUGACUGUCGCCCGUGAGAUAUUGGAGAGUUAUGGGUGUGUUGUCCGUGUUGUAUCCCCUCGGGUCCGGGAUGCUCCUCUAGGGGCUGGUGGAACUCGCGUGGAACUCUGGCUUCCGUCAUCUAUUGCAAACUCUGAUUUGAGCAGCCACGUGCAAGAGAUAUGAUAUGGCAAUGCUUUUAUGUUGCCCAUACCAUAAGAGAUUAAUAGAAACAAUUCAAACUGAUCCCAUCACAUGUUAGAAGGUGAAUGAGAUAAUUAGGAUAAGUUGGCAUGUCAUGUAUUAGGAAUUAUUGCCUUAAUCCUGUACGUAGUGCGCUUGAUAACUCGUGUAGAUGGUUCAUUGUACAAUUUUACCCUUCAGCUGGCUACGCGCGGAUAUUUAUGUUUAUGUGGCUGUGUCACUCGUUUGCCCCUUUGUGAAUUCAGUAUAAUCAAUGUAAAGGAGCUAGGGGGAAAUUUGUUGGCAAGGAAAUACGAUGAAGCUGUAUAGAAUUACCUCUUCGUUGGUUUUGCCUUU